GGUAGACAAGUGUACUGUACCCCUAGGGUUUGUAUACGUACAGUUGCCCGGUAUGGUCACGCCGGAAAACUAUGGGCCGCUCAGUACAAGUGGGCUACUUGUAGACUGUCCAGAGGGGUUCACAGCCACUGGCAACCACUGCUACCAACAAGUUGCCGGCACCGUAGCUAGUGAGGCCGAGGCUAAGACCAAGUGCGCGGCACUGGGCUCGGGUUCAGUGCCCGUCACCGUUCACAGCGACACCGAUAACAAAGAUUUAUCU